ACGACUGGUACUACAGCCUACAUUGUGAAAAGAAGAGCAGAAAAACAAGGGAAAUUCUUUUAAUUAAAACCAAGCGCGGUAAAAAUUGUAAACCGUUAAUCGCAGUGCUGCUAAUUAGCACAAAAGGAAUCGCAAAUUAAACUUGAAACAAUGAGUGCGUCGAGUGAAGGCGGCGCGGGAGGCGGGCCGGUGGGCGGUGGAAGUACAGCUACAGCGCCAUCAGCCCCCCUGAAAACCAUUAAGAUCCGCACCCAACAACUGCAUCCCCAUGCACUGCCAUCGUUGUCAUUGCUGCCAUCAAUAUAUCCAUCAUCAUCAUCAUCAUUAUUGGCAGCCACUGGAUCGUUAUCCGCAUCGGCAUCCGCCUCAGCAUCCGCAUCUGCAUCCGCAUCCCUGGUAUCGCACUCACAUCCGCCCCUGCAGCUGCGCGGCGUCAUAAACAAGUACUCAUUGCCAUCCCAUUUGCCAUCCUCUGCAGCGCAUCCGUCAGUGGCCGCCAAGAUUACCCAUGUGAAGUCCGAUAACAGCGGUGGGAUAUCCAUUUCGGGCACUCCGAUCCUCAGCGGUGGGACAAUCAAAGUGGCGGCGGCCAAUCCCAAUCCCACACCGAUUGCUCUGAAUGCAGGACAAGGCACAACGGCGGCUUCCAUAAGGGCAAUCGGAGCCGGUGGCCAGUCGACGCAGGUCCGUGUGGUGAUGCCCAUGAUAAAGCAGCUGGAAAGUGUCACGGCCACGGGAAGAACACAAAUUACGGCCAUACCAGCUGCUCCGGCGAGGAGUGGAGCAAAUGCCUCCAUCACGGUCACCAGGCCGGUUACCCAGGCUACUUAUCUACCCCGCGCCAGUGUGACGGCCACGCAGAUGGGUGGCGUUGGAGUGGGUCAGCGUCUGGUGACUCCACUGAGAGCCACAUCCUCGGCCACGGUGACGCCCACGGCGCCCACGGUUCUGAGUUCAACGGGAGGAUUUGUGCGCGGAGCAACGGCAGCGGUGAGCAGAAGUGGAGUGGCGCUGUCCUCGCAACCCCCGUCGGCGGUGAUCUCGUCCAGCAACAGUGCCACCUGGAUGCAGAGUCCCACGGGACAGGUGCAGCUGAUCAGGGCCAUUCAUCAGCCUCGCCAGAGGAUUAUCACCACAUCGGCGGGGCUACCGAAUGCCAGUGUGGUGACCACCACUCCAGUUCAGGCGCCAACAGCUCUAACCGUUUCUGCCGGCCAACCGUUGACGCCGCAACAGGCGGGAGGUCCUGGCGGAGGUCCUCAGGCGUAUGUGGCCACUGUUUUGCCACAGAGACAGCACCAGGCUACGCUGGUUUACUCCUCCAAUGUGUCUACGCCCAAUGUGAGCCAGAAUCCGGGGCAGCAGUUUAAUCCUCGCUUUGCCGUGGCCACGCCCACAGGUGGAGUGACGACCACGACUCCCGGCGGAACGACAGUAACGCCUCGACAUGUGCGACCCAUUCCGCUGGGCAAGAGUUUUCCCGCCGCCAAGCUGAACACCACGAGCAUCAGUAUCAGGGCGCCCAGCAUCCCGCAGCUGAAUACCAGCGUUACGGCCUCGCCAACGGCCGUUAGUGUUUCGGGCGGAGCAACUGUGGCGCCCGGAAGGGGUCCCGGUGCGGGAGGAACCGGGCUGACCGCCACCAAUUUGCCCACCACUCGGAUCAUCCAGCUGCAGCAGCCGGCGACGGGAACCGCGCAGCAAAUCAUCGGAUCCGGCGCUCGAUUGGCCGGCAAUGUGAUGCUGCAACCCUUCUUGAUGAGCACCACCGCGGCGGCCAAGAUGGGCAUUCGACCACCGGUCACCAUGACCGCCAAAGUGCAGCCGUCGCUAACGAUCACACAGCUCAAUCCGAUUGGCAAGCUGUCCACUGCCGGCGGAGCCACUGGGCCCACGAUGACGCCGCAGGGAGUGGCCAGCAUCCAGGCGGUGCCUGUGCCGAAUGUCUCGGCCAGCGUGGUCAAUCCCAGUUCGGUGACGGGGGCCACUUCGGCGGCUGGAGGAGCCACUGUCCUCCCUCUGACCAUCAGCGGCAGGGGAGCAGGCGUGGGACCAGGUGGUAAUAUACUCACUGGCACACUGACGCCCAUCAAGAACGCCAGUGGGAUUACGCUCGGCAAAAUGAUGAUGACGCCGGCCACAUCUGCGCCAGGAGCAGAUGGAUCCGGCACUAGCGGGGCCACAGUGACUGGCUUUCAACGCACCUGGAAUCCAGUGGUGGCUUCACAGAGCCAAUUAAUGAAGAUCGAUGACAAGGGAAGUGCUGCUACGAUCUACUACGAAUCCAUGCCAGCCUCCGCCUCCACGGGCGUUCUUUCGUUGACCACCACAACGGUGACGCAGAGCACCCAGGCGCAGGCGCAAUUAGUCAGUAGCGCCGGCGGCAGCAGCCUCUCGGUGUCCUCGCUGCCCUUCGCCAGUCAUGCGGGAGCCACGGGAGCUGCAGCUGGAUCGCAGGCCACAUUUACUGUUCUGCCAUCGGGAGCUGGUGGAGCGGCCACGCGAACCAUUGGCCAUCAGCAGCUAAUAAUACCAGCUGGUCCGAACAGUGCGCCGCCGCAACACAUGGUUAUUCCGCUGCACACGUCCGUAAAAGUUACCACGGGGGCAGGGAAUCCUCAACAGGCUGCCGGCUUCAUGCGCAAACGGGAUGCAGACGGUUCUCCCAUUCGAGCGGCCAAAAAUCUGGGUCCAACCCUCCUCUCAAUGGCCAGCAAUACCAGUGGAUCAAAUAUGCCGCCCGCUCCAGGCACCACUUUCAAUAUUCAGCCCGUUUCCGUGGCGGUGCCGCCAGCAGUUAGCUCCGCACUGACCGUGGAAGCGCUGGCCAAGAAGGAACGCGAGCGGGUGGCCCAUGGAGUGGCCAGUAGCGUGGCCAGUGUGCCAACCACUGUGGGCACCGUUUCCUCAACGAGAAAUUCGCGGGCCGACUCCCCCGCUUCUUCGGAUGGAUCGACUACAGUGUCUGCUAAUUCGUCGCCAGGCGUAGAUCAGCAAUUGCAGGACAGGAUUGGCGAUACGCCAGCCACUGGAGGCUCAAGUGGACGCGACAAUUCCACGCACUUUAAUCCUAUUAACGAGUUGUACUCUUCGCACCAAUCGAUGCAGCAGAACCUGGGCCACUCUUCACUUGGUUCGCGAAGCGGGAGCAGUGCUUUUGUGGACGUGCAAGCACCGACGCCGCAGCAGCAGCAACCUCAGCAGCAGGCACCGCAUUUGGUGGGAUCCACGCAGGCGGGCACGCGGAUGAAUGGCACUGGCAAUAGCUCCAGUUCCAGCUACGACUGCUCCGCCAGGAAGAAAGCGCGACGAUCAACCAACGACAGUCAGCACUCCACUCAAAGUCAGGCGUCUUUGUCGCUGCCUCCGCCGAGUGCAGAACCCACGCCGCCGGCUGGAGCAUCCUACAUGCAGAAGCACAACAAUGGAGGUCUACUGGUCACUGCGGCGACACCGGGAGUUGCGCCUAGUAGUGCGCCAGGUGAUGCCAAUCAUCGCAAUAGCACACCCGCUGUGACGGGCAACAAGGAGAACGCCAAUCCGGUGGACUUUGUCAUCCGUCGUCCACGCAAUUGUGCGCUGCUUAAUACUUAUAAACCCACGCACAAGUUGGCCAACAACCAUUUCCAUCGGUAUACGGAUGUAAAACCAAGGGAAGAGCGACGAGCCACGGUUAUUGAUCUAGCCAAUCAGCCAAAUGUCCAAGGGAAAAUAAAUGGAUGGAAAAUCUAUCAUCUACGCUCGCAAAUGGAGGAUUUGAAUGAAUCCGAGGUGGUCAGCCUGGGAAGACUGGAGACCAUGCUGCAGGAACUGGAGAAGGACAAGGAGAAGAACAGCGAUUUGGAGCGCGUCACUGAGCUGCUAAAGGGCAACAUCCAGCGCAGCAAGAUCAUCACCGAUGGCAUCAACGAGGCGCAGAAUCAGUUGAUGAAGAUAUUCGAGCACAAGCCGCACGUUUCGGACAUCAUCACCCGAUGUGCUUCUAAGCGAAACUUUAAGAAGCGCGAAAAGAUCUAAGGAAACCCAGACAAUUGUAUAGUAAAUUGCCUAGGAUUAGAUUUAAGUUAAACUACCUUAAACGCAAUCGAUUUGUAAGACGUACGUUUACAAAGAUACCCAGCAAUAUUUUUACAAAUUCUUAAGGCAGAAAAGAGAAAUACAAGAACACACGAGUUGUAUUAA